GGCAUGGAUAGAGUUUCUCCCGGUAACGGAUCUCUCUGACCACCGUAGAUUCAGUUUCUCCUCCUCAGUGACUCCGCAGUGACGCCCUAAGAGGAACAACAACACUUGUCCUUUAUCCGAGAAUGAUUAUAUUUGUCUUUUUACAAACUUCAGACUAAACUCAUGGUGAUCGCCGAGUGUGCGUGGCGGUCGCUGCCCGGUGUAGUGUUACCUUCCUCCGGGCACCAUGGGCUCGUAAGAUGCCUUCGCUGUGGAAACGGAUAACCUUCUCGGCGGCCUCGGUGCUCUGCGUCGGCUCGGUGGUGCUGCUUGUUGUGGCUCUAUCUACGGAGCGCUGGGUCGCCGGACGGAUCCUGUGCAAAACCGGGGCGGAGAUAGUAAACGCUUCCCACCCGGAGCUGGAGCAGUUCAUCGGGGACAUUUACUACGGUUUGUUCCAGGGAGGCAAGACCAAGAAGUGCGGGCUUGGCAACAGGCGCUCCAAAAUAUACAUUUUCCCAAAUCUGGUGCGGACGUUGAACAGCGGCCUCCACAUGAUGGUGAUCCUCUUCCUGCUGGUGGCUGUGGGCUUUGCUCUGGUCAGUCUGUCUUUCUGCAUCUACAACGCACGGAAAGUUCCCUACCAGAGCAUCAAAGGGCACAAAGGACUCUACUUGUGGAACUUCAUUGCCGCUUUCUUUGCUUCCCUGGGCCUCCUGUGUUUCCUGGCAGCUGUGAAGCACCACAGUCUGACGGAGCGAGUAGCCAAUCAUCGGGAGAACCUCUUCGUGCUGGAUGUGCUGGACGACAGCCUGGACUGGUCCUUCUGGCUGGGUGUGGGCAGCAUUGCCACUCACUUUGCCGUAUGUGGAGUGGUUGCAAUGAGCCGGAUCAAACUGCCCAAACCAGAGAUUAAGAAACCUGAAGAACCCACCAUCUCUUCUCUGGACCUGCUUUACUGAGGGACUGAGAGAGGAGCAUUUACUGGUGGUUACUGGAGCAAAACACAAUGACUGACAGUAAAACCAACCCUGUGGACAGUGCUACUCAGACUUAAUGAAUGCACAAAUUCCUGCAGCCCAAUCAUUCUUCUGCAUUCUGGACAUCCUUUAUAACUGCACAAUUUAAAUAAAUCAUUAUUAUUGUCAUUAUAUGUAUAGCAUGUCAUUAACUGUGUUUUCCAGUCACUUUAAUCAUUUUCAAGUCAGUUUUUACAGUAUUAUUCUAUAGAAAGUGUAAAGUAUGCAUGAAUAAUGGGGAGUUUUGGUUUUAUGUCAUAAAUCAAAUCCAAAGAACAUUACUAAGAAUGAUCCUUUGAUUUGAUUUGUCCGUUAUGAAGUGAAUUCACAAGCUGUUAAAAAAAAGUCAUUACACCGGUUAGAUUAGUUAUAAAGUCUUGGAUGCUAAAAGCUUGUGACAAACAGAAAUUUAAAGUAGACAUCCAUUAAAUAAUAACCUGGAGUAUGUGUUUCAUCUUAUUGUCUAUGUGUUUUAUUGUUGUUAUUAUCUUCCCAUGAUCUGAAGCUUUGUAUUGAAAUGUUUUUAUUUGUUUUCUAAAGUAAUAUAAUUAUUACAAUUAAUCACAAAGCACAACUUUACAGAUAACAAA